GAAGGAGGUGUUUCCGCCCACGUCUGUGUGGCGCAAACACGACUUUAGCCAACAACAAAUUAAUCGAAUUUCAGAGCUAAAGAGAUCGUGUCUGCCUUCUUUUGAUAUAUAUAUAUAUAUAUAUAUUCUGGGGAAAAUCAUUUGUAACGUUUCAAAGCAUGCCUUCGUUCAACGGAAAAGCUGACGUGACGUUUGAAGAUGACGAUCUACCAUACGAAGAGGAAAUAAUCAGGAACCCCUACUCUGUAAAGUGCUGGAUGCGUUACAUCGAGUUCAAACAAAAUGGACCCAAAACAACUCUGAACAUGAUUUAUGAACGUGCUUUGAAAGAGCUCCCGGGCAGUUACAAGCUGUGGUACAAUUAUCUAAAGGAGAGACGUAAACAGGUCAAGGGAAAAUGUGUAACAGAGCCAAUUUAUGAAGAAGUCAACAACUGCCACGAAAGAGCACUUGUUUUCAUGCACAAGAUGCCUAGAAUUUGGCUUGACUACUGCCAGUUCCUUGUUUCCCAAUGUAAAAUCACAAGAAGUCGGAGGACAUUUGAUCGUGCCCUAAGAGCUCUGCCAGUUACUCAACACCCACGAAUCUGGCCUUUGUAUCUGCGAUUUGUUCGUAAUCUACCCCUCCCAGAAACAGCUAUUCGAGUGUACCGGAGAUACCUAAAGCUAUCUCCAGAGAACGCAGAGGAAUACAUAGAUUAUUUGCGCUCUGUUGGGCGCUUGGAUGAAGCUGCUUUGCGACUUGCUGACAUUGUUAAUGAUGAAAGCUUUGUAUCCAAGGAGGGCAAGUCAAACUAUCAACUGUGGCAUGAACUGUGUGACCUUAUCUCCCAGAAUCCUGAUAAAGUUACAUCUCUGAAUGUUGGAGCAAUUAUCCGAGGGGGACUUACCCGAUUCACUGACCAACUAGGAAAACUUUGGUGCUCCUUGGCAGAUUAUUAUAUAAGGAGUGGGCACUUUGAAAAGGCUCGUGAUGUGUAUGAGGAGGCCAUUCUUACUGUGGUAACAGUUAGAGAUUUCACACAAGUAUUUGAUAGUUAUGCACAGUUUGAAGAGAGCAUGAUUGCAGCCAAGAUGGAAACCACUGUUGAAAUGGGCCAAGAUGAAGAGGAUGAUAUUGAUUUAGAGCUUAGAUUAGCUCGUUUUGAACAACUUAUUGCUCGUCGUCCUCUUCUUCUGAACAGUGUUCUACUUCGUCAAAAUCCACACAAUGUUCAUGAGUGGCACAAACGAGUGAAGCUUUGUGAGGGCAAUCCACGGCAGAUUAUUAACACCUACACUGAGGCUGUACAGACAGUUGACCCAAUAAAAGCCACUGGAAAGCCUCAUUCACUUUGGGUUUCCUUUGCAAAGUUCUAUGAAGAAAACGAGCAGUUGGAUGAUGCCAGAACGAUCUUUGAAAAAGCUACUAAAGUGAACUACAAACAAGUGGAUGACCUGGCAGCAGUCUGGUGUGAAUAUGGAGAAAUGGAACUGCGUCAUGAAAACUAUGAGCAGGCCCUGCGCAUACUGAGGAAAGCAACAGCAAUUCCAUCCAAGAAAGCAGAAUACUUUGAUGCCUCUGAGCCUGUCCAGAACAGAGUCUAUAAGUCCUUGAAAGUGUGGUCUAUGCUGGCUGAUCUUGAAGAGAGUCUGGGAACAUUUCAGUCCACAAAAGCUGUAUAUGACCGCAUUAUUGACCUUCGCAUUGCAACACCACAGAUCAUAAUCAAUUAUGCCAUGUUUCUUGAAGAGCACAACUACUUUGAAGAAAGCUUUAAAGCAUACGAGCGUGGUAUUGCCUUGUUUAAGUGGCCAAAUGUUUAUGACAUUUGGAACACCUACCUUACCAAGUUUAUUGACCGAUAUGGUGGGAAGAAACUGGAGAGGGCAAGAGAUUUAUUUGAACAGGCCCUUGAUGGCUGCCCAGCAAAGUUUGCAAAAACCAUUUACCUACUUUACGCCAAAUUGGAGGAGGAGUACGGAUUAGCUCGCCAUGCCAUGGCUGUUUAUGAAAGAGCUACAGAGGCAGUAGAAAUUGAGGAGAGGCACCACAUGUUCAAUAUUUACAUUAAGAGAGCAGCUGAAAUUUAUGGAGUCACCUAUACAAGAGCAAUCUAUCAGAAAGCUAUUGAGGUCUUACCUGAUGAACAUGCAAGAGACAUGUGUCUUCGUUUUGCUGAUAUGGAGAGUAAACUGGGUGAAAUUGAUCGAGCCAGGGCAAUCUUUUCCUAUUGCUCACAGAUUUGUGAUCCCAGGGUGACAGCUAAUUUCUGGCAAAUGUGGAAGGAGUUUGAAAUUCGUCAUGGAAAUGAGGAUACAAUUAGAGAAAUGUUAAGAAUCAAACGCAGUGUCCAGGCCACCUACAAUACUCAGGUCAAUUUCAUGUCCUCUCAAAUGCUGAAAGCCACUACAAGCUCUACAGGCACAGCUUUGUCUGUAGUGUCUGAUCUUGCUCCUGGCCAAAUGGGUAUUGACGACAUGAAAAUGCUGGAACAAAAGGCACAACAGCUAGCAGCAGAGGCUGAGCGGGAUAAACCUAAACCUAAAGAAAAGAUCCUCUUUGUCAGGAGUGAUACUUCACGUAGCGAGCUAGCAGAACUUUCCAAACAAGUCAAUCCAGAUGAAAUUGACAUAGAUGAUGAAGACGAUGAUGACGAUAAUCAAGGUCCAGAUGAAGUGCAACUUGAACAGAAGAGUGUCCCAACAGCUGUCUUUGGUGGGCUUAAAGAUGAUUAAGAUGAACAAUUGAUGCAGUACUAUCUGUAACCUACCUGUAAUCUGUAAUAGCUUUUUUCACAAUUAAUAUUGCACUUCAAGUCUAAGUUACAGAUAAUAAAUUCUGCAUAGAUGGUAUGUUGACGCAGUGAGAAGACCUUUUUGGUGCCUUUUCUCAGGAGUUUAUGGAAUGUAAAAAUAUACACCGAAAGUGGGAUCUUCCACAAAAAUAGAUGAGGUGGUCAUAGUUUUACGUAAAUGUGUCUAGGAGAUAAGAUUGUCUAAAAUUGGACCUUUGGGAAGUUUUGUGUUUCCUCCCAUUAAAUAAAACAACCCAGCAAUUUUGUAACUUAACCUGGUUAAGUUAUACAAACCUGUGUUUCUCAUUCUUAAUAAACUAACGUGUACAAUGUU